CGGGGGAUUGGUGCUGAAAGGCUUCAUUGUGUCGGGGAUUGAAUGGGGGAGUUUGCGUUUUGUCGAAGUACGUCUGUUAUCAUCCACACAGCGCGGAUUAACUGGCCUGCCCGAGUCCGAGCCAUGCGCGUUAUCAUGCCGCAAACCUCCAGCGGUGCAUUUAUUGUGCAUGAUACAGAUAAAUGCGCCCAGCUUCAGACCCGCUGCCGUUGAGUGAACGAUGCUCAACAGCUCCCAAAAAAUGAGCAGAGGGCCCGACAGAUACGGAUUAACAAUGUAGGGAUGCUAUUGUCGAAGUCUCUCAUCUGAUACUGAGCUCUGCGUGUUUACAUCGAUGGAGAGUGUGUCUAGUCACCUAUAAGCCUGCUUAUUUUUUUGGUUGCUUUUUUACCUCUUUAUUACAUUUGGCAGCUGAAUACGUUUUACCGUCGCUGGGCAUCAGACAAAAAACAAACAAAAAAACAUGGGGAACGCUGAAAGUAUGGAUGCUCAGCUCACAGAUUUCAGGGCGAGGGGCAACAAACCCCCUAAACUGCCCAUGCCGGACCCGGCCGAACUGGAGGAGAGAUUUGCAAUCGCACUGAACUCUAUGAACCUUCCUCCGGAUAAAGUGAGGCUUCUAAGACAGUAUGACAAUGAAAAAAAAUGGGAGCUGAUAUGUGAUCAGGAGCGCUUCCAAGUGAAGAAUCCUCCCCAUACAUACAUUCAGAAGCUCAGAAGCUUUUUGGACCCUGCCGUUACCAGGAAGAAAUUUAGGAGGCGAGUUCAGGAGUCUACUCAGGUGCUCAGAGAGCUGGAGAUAUCUCUUAGGACCAAUCACAUCGGGUGGGUGAGAGAGUUUCUCAAUGAGGAGAACAAAGGCCUUGAUGUGCUGGUGGAGUACCUGUCUUUUGCCCAGUAUGCUGUAACGUUUGAUGGAGACGUAACAGAGAGCACCACAGGUGAGAUUUCCGUAGAUACCCCCUGGAGCAGGUCUAUAGAAGAUCUCCAUGGUGACAGUAAUCUACCAUCACCGGUUAGCGGCAGCAGCAUUCCACGGUCCACACGCCACUCCUUAAGGUCUAAUACUUUGCCCAGUCGCAGAACUCUCAAGAACUCCCGUUUGGUGUGUAAAAAAGAUGACGUUCAUGUCUGCAUCAUGUGUCUCAGAGCUAUUAUGAACUACCAGUAUGGUUUCAACAUGGUCAUGUCCCACCCCCAUGCUGUCAAUGAAAUUGCUCUGAGCCUUAACAACAAAAAUCCCAGGACCAAAGCCCUGGUCCUGGAGUUGCUAGCUGCUGUGUGUUUGGUCAGAGGUGGACAUGAGAUUAUCCUAGCUGCUUUUGAUCAUUUCAAAGAGGUUUGCUCCGAAUCUCAAAGGUUUGAGAAAUUGAUGGAGCACUUCAAAAAUGAAGACAACAAUAUUGAUUUCAUGGUGGCGUGCAUGCAGUUCAUCAAUAUUGUGGUGCACUCAGUAGAGGACAUGAACUUCCGAGUUCACCUCCAGUACGACUUCACCAAGCUUGCUUUGGAUGACUAUCUAGAGAGGCUGAAGCACACUGAAAGUGAUAAACUCAAAGUACAGAUCCAGGCGUACUUGGAUAACCUGUUUGAUGUGGGGACGCUUCUAGAAGACGCAGAGACCAAAAACGCUGCCCUUGAACGUGUGGAGGAACUGGAGGAGAAUCUCUCACAUAUGGGCGACAAACUCUUAGAAACCGAGAAUGAGGCCAUGUCUAAAAUCGUGGAGCUUGAGAAGCAGUUGAUGCAGAAGAACAAGGAGUUGGAUGCCGUCCGGACUGUGUACCGGGACGCCAGCUCACAAGUUCACACGCUCCGGCGGAUCGUUCGUGAGAAGGACGAGACCAUUCAGAGGCAGUCCACGCUAGAGAAGAAAAUCAAUGAGCUUGAGCGCAGAGGCAGUCUCCAGAUCCAGGUGAGGGGUGAGGGAGAUGGGGAAGGAGACGUGUCUCCGCUGCCUUCACCUCCUCAGCCCAUGGCUCUUUCUCCCUGCCCUGAUGCCAUGGCCCUGGCCGGAGCCUGUGCAACAUACAGCUCUGGCAGCACCUCCCAGACAGGCACCCUUAGAGCAAUGGCUACACCUCCUCCUCCUCCCCCUCCACCACCUCCAAUGGCAUGUUCUUCUGACCGAGACACACCAAGCCGACAGUCGGCCUUCGUGCCAUUUUCUAAUGAGUCAUCAGCAGCUCUCGCACCGCCACCACCUCCUCCUCCUCCUCCUCCACCACCACCUCCACCUCCUGGGCAUUCGAUCGAGAUCUCUGCUCCCUUACCUCCACCUCCCCCUCCUUGUGCUCCUCCUCUCCCAGGCUGCGGCACUCCCACUGUCAUAUUCAACUCUGGAUUGACAGUGUUCGAGAUGAAAUAUAGCAUAAUUUGUGUGUCUUAACAGGAGCGCUUCCAAGUGAAGAAUCCUCCCCAUACAUACAUUCAGAAGCUCAGAAGCUUUUUGGACCCUGCCGUUACCAGGAAGAAAUUUAGGAGGCGAGUUCAGGAGUCUACUCAGGUGCUCAGAGAGCUGGAGAUAUCUCUUAGGACCAAUCACAUCGGGUGGGUGAGAGAGUUUCUCAAUGAGGAGAACAAAGGCCUUGAUGUGCUGGUGGAGUACCUGUCUUUUGCCCAGUAUGCUGUAACGUUUGAUGGAGACGUAACAGAGAGCACCACAGGUGAGAUUUCCGUAGAUACCCCCUGGAGCAGGUCUAUAGAAGAUCUCCAUGGUGACAGUAAUCUACCAUCACCGGUUAGCGGCAGCAGCAUUCCACGGUCCACACGCCACUCCUUAAGGUCUAAUACUUUGCCCAGUCGCAGAACUCUCAAGAACUCCCGUUUGGUGUGUAAAAAAGAUGACGUUCAUGUCUGCAUCAUGUGUCUCAGAGCUAUUAUGAACUACCAGUAUGGUUUCAACAUGGUCAUGUCCCACCCCCAUGCUGUCAAUGAAAUUGCUCUGAGCCUUAACAACAAAAAUCCCAGGACCAAAGCCCUGGUCCUGGAGUUGCUAGCUGCUGUGUGUUUGGUCAGAGGUGGACAUGAGAUUAUCCUAGCUGCUUUUGAUCAUUUCAAAGAGGUUUGCUCCGAAUCUCAAAGGUUUGAGAAAUUGAUGGAGCACUUCAAAAAUGAAGACAACAAUAUUGAUUUCAUGGUGGCGUGCAUGCAGUUCAUCAAUAUUGUGGUGCACUCAGUAGAGGACAUGAACUUCAGAGUUCACCUCCAGUACGACUUCACCAAGCUUGCUUUGGAUGACUAUCUAGAGAGGCUGAAGCACACUGAAAGUGAUAAACUCAAAGUACAGAUCCAGGCGUACUUGGAUAACCUGUUUGAUGUGGGGACGCUUCUAGAAGACGCGGAGACCAAAAACGCUGCCCUUGAACGUGUGGAGGAACUGGAGGAGAAUCUCUCACAUAUGGGCGACAAACUCUUAGAGACCGAGAAUGAGGCCAUGUCUAAAAUCGUGGAGCUUGAGAAGCAGUUGAUGCAGAAGAACAAGGAGUUGGAUGCCGUCCGGACUGUGUACCGGGACGCCAGCUCACAAGUUCACACGCUCCGGCGGAUCGUUCGUGAGAAGGACGAGACCAUUCAGAGGCAGUCCACGCUAGAGAAGAAAAUCAAUGAGCUUGAGCGCAGAGGCAGUCUCCAGAUCCAGGUGAGGGGUGAGGGAGAUGGGGAAGGAGACGUGUCUCCGCUGCCUUCACCUCCUCAGCCCAUGGCUCUUUCUCCCUGCCCUGAUGCCAUGGCCCUGGCCGGAGCCUGUGCAACAUACAGCUCUGGCAGCACCUCCCAGACAGGCACCCUUCGAGCAAUGGCUACACCUCCUCCUCCUCCCCCUCCACCACCUCCAAUGGCAUGUUCUUCUGUUUCUAAUGAGUCAUCAGCAGCUCUCGCACCGCCACCACCUCCUCCUCCUCCUCCUCCACCACCACCUCCACCUCCUGGGCAUUCGAUCGAGAUCUCUGCUCCCUUACCUCCACCUCCCCCUCCUUGUGCUCCUCCUCUCCCAGGCUGCGGCACUCCCACUGUCAUAUUCAACUCUGGAUUGACAGCUGUGAAAAUUAAAAAGCCAAUCAAAACCAAGUUCCGCUUGCCGGUGUUCAAUUGGGUGGCUCUGAAACCAAAUCAGAUCAACGGCACAGUCUUCAAUGAAAUCGAUGAUGAGAGGAUCCUGGAGGAUUUGAACGUAGAUGAGUUUGAGGAAAUGUUUAAGACCAAAGCCCAGGGCCCUGCUCUUGAUAUGACGAUGCAAAAGCAGAAGGCUCCUCAAAAGGGCCCCAAUAAAGUAUCUCUUCUGGAGGCUAACAGAGCCAAAAACCUCGCCAUCACACUCCGCAAGGCAGGGAAGAGCCCGGAGGAGAUCUGCAAAGCAAUCCAGACGUUUGACCUACGUACAUUGCCUGUGGAUUUCGUGGAGUGUAUGAUGCGGUUCAUGCCCACUGAAGCUGAGGUGAAGGUGCUCCGCCAGUAUGAGCGGGAGCGACGGCCAAUGGACGGGCUCACUGAUGAGGACCGGUUCAUGAUGCUCUUCAGCAAGAUCGAAAGGCUGCCACAGCGGAUGACCAUCAUGGCCUUCAUGGGCAACUACAGUGAUAGCCUGCAAAUGCUCACACCGCAACUUCAUGCUAUCAUAGCAGCAUCCGUAUCCAUAAAAUCAUCACAGAAGUUAAAGAAAAUCCUUGAGAUCAUUUUGGCCCUGGGGAAUUAUAUGAACAGUAGUAAGAGAGGAGCUGUUUAUGGCUUUAAACUUCAGAGCUUGGAUCUGCUGUUGGAGACUAAGUCCACUGACAGGAAACUGACGCUUUUGCACUACAUAGCCAAUGUGGUGAAGGAGAAAUAUCCAGUUGUGAGCGUGUUCUACAAUGAGCUGCACUAUAUCGAGAAAGCUGCUGCAGUCUCUCUGGAGAAUGUUCUCUUGGAUGUGAAGGAGCUACAGAGAGGUUUGGAUCUGACCAGAAGAGAGUUCAGCAUGCAUGGCCACAACUCCCUGCUCAAAGAUUUCAUCCAUCACAAUGAGGCCAGGCUUAAGAAGCUUCUGGAUGAUGCUAGAAUUGCACAGGAUGCUUAUGACGAUGUUGUCAAGUUCUUUGGGGAGAGCCCAAAGACCAUGCCACCCUCUGUGUUCUUCCCCGUGUUUGUUCGCUUCAUCAAGUCCUAUAGGCAAGCGAAUGAAGAGAAUGAGCAAAGGAAGAGGCAGGAGCAGCUGAUGAUGGAGAAACUUCUGGAACAGGAGGCCUUGAUGGAGGAGCAAGAUCAUCAACAGUCGCCAUCUCACAAGGGCAAGCGGCAACAGCAGGAGCUGAUCACAGAGUUAAGGAAGAGGCAAGGCAAAGAUAGCCGCCUCGUCUACGAAGGCAAAGACGGAGCCAUUGAGGACAUCAUUACGGUGCUGAAGACCGUCCCCUUUACCGCACGAUCAGCCAAACGUGGCUCGCGGUUCUUCUGUGAUCCCGCCCUUUCCGAGGACUUCCAUUACUAAACUAAAUUCUCUCCCCUCAGCAAGACCUGCGCAGUCAACCCUUCCGACGGGCCGAUGCCCUGAGGAGGAGUGGGAGAAGGAACAUGGAGGUUCAGCACCUUCAGCUACGCAA